CGACAUUGGGCUUCACUAAAAGUGAGAAACAAGCAAACAAGCAUCGUGAACAGAGUCUUUGCAACGAAACUUGAUUAUAUAUCAUUCAUGUGUGCCCAUUGAGAUUCGAGUCAAUUGCGAAAAAUAAGCAGGACCGGGGUGUAAGUUCGGAGCCACCUUGAAACUGCGAUCACAGACGUGGGACCUCAGCUUACCCUUACAGUCUUAGUCCCACCUUCCCAAGAAGCUCAACCUUAACCUUUCGUCUUCCACCUACCCCAUCAUAUUGCGCAACUCGACGAGGUCACAACACUGCGAAAUCUACCUGAGAUGCGGUCAAGGCCCAGAUUGGCACUCAGAUUCUGAUGAUAGCGACGGAUUCGUGGGCAAGAUGCGAGAAACCAUAAAUGAUCAGUCGACGAGACAUGGAAAAGCAGAGGUUGCUGCCGAAUAUAUCAUGGAGGAGGAGGAGGAGGAUAUCCCACAAGCCGUGCCGGCUCUGGCGAUGUUCAUUCCUCUGGAAGAGAGCCUCUUUGAUCCUUACGACGCUCCGCGUACCGAGAUAGAGCGCAUCAAGCUCUGCCAAGAGAAUCUUGAAAAACACACAGCCGCCGUCGAGCAGAACCUUGUCUUUGUUUAUGAGCGAGAGCACAAGCGAAUCUUACAGGUAGCGAAACAAGAGGAAGCGGAAAAGGGCUUCAUUGAGACACCCGCAGGCCUCAUGCAAGGCGAGGAAGCUCUCAUCAUGGAGUCGGUCCACGCCCCGAUACCGCCCGGCGCUGAUUACAACGACCGGCACCUGUCCACAUACAAGCCUCCCGAGACUCCGCAAGUAAUGCCUCCUAGGCCAUCAGCACUUCAAUGGUCUCUCUACAAUGCUGGCCAAGCCGUGGGUCAACUGCACGGAUACCACAACCACGCCCAAGAGCUCAAAGAGCCCUAUCAAGAGAUGUUGGAUGCUGCACUCAAGGCAUCGUCUGCCGACCAAGGGCAGGGGGAUGAGACUGCUCGGAGCUAGAAGCGACAAAAGGUAGCUUGAGUAGCAGUGGGCGGAAGUGUCUGAGGAACACAACAUGAACUGGGAAUAGUAGGCAAGACCGCCGGGGACCUAAAGAAGAUGGUCGCCCGACGAAAUCGCUGCCAUUUAGAGGUGUCUCGCGUAAGGCGGCGAUGCGUCCGCACAGCGUUUUGUGUACAUAGGAAAUGCACAUACACAUCACGAGAUAUUAGUAAAACGCACGUACUAUAUACAACAAAGUCUCGUCGUCAUCAUGAUAUGUAACGACCGGCGGUAAGAGGCAGCGGUCAUUGAAGAAUUCUCCCAUGCUUCCAUAAACGGCGUCAAAAAGCUUCAUCUAGGUACACUAGAUAGAGGAAGGCUCGAUCAAGCAUCUUGCGAAGCUCAAGCUCACCUACGAUAAGUGUCCA